CAAAUUAAAAUGUCAACAGUGACCUUACGUGGUUUUUUAUUAUUAGAGUUUAGAAAUAUUAUUGCAAUACACGAUGAAAUUUAAAUCAUUUGCAGUCAAUCUAAAGAUUUUAUCACAGAACAUAUGGUGUAGUGAACGGCGCAAUUAUGUUGUUUAUAGGUAGGCCUCACGAAACUGAAGACAUGAAGUGUGGUUGCAAAUUAAAAAUUAACACAAAAAUGAUCGUAGAUAGAUGUAAAACUGUGGUAAUCUUGUCGAGCGUGGUGUGUACCUUAGCCGUUGUUAUAUCGCUGCACAAAUUGUUAAACCAUGAAGCAAAAUUCGCGAAACCAUUUGCACCCAUACCAGAUGGCUUGUAUGGAAACUAUUUGGAACCUAUUCCCGAAGAAACUCCGAGUCCGCCCCCUCGGAAACCGUAUGACAAGACUCGCGAUGCAGAAGCAGUCGUUUCGUUAAAUGCCGCGUUGGAAAUGAAGAAGGUUGGUAAAGAUGACAAAGCAUUGAAAUUGUUCCAACAUGCAUUUGCACUGUCACCGAAACAUGCAGACAUUUUGAAUCACUACGGAGAGUUUCUGGAAGACACCAAGAAGGAUAUAGUGAGAGCAGAUCAGCUUUACACAUUAGCUUUAACAAAUUAUCCUGAGCACACUGGAGCGUUGGAGAACAGACAGAGGACGGCCAGCAUAGUGGAGAACUUGGACAGAGAGAUGUUGCGGAAGAUUGACGAGAAGAGGGAUGCACUGUCAUCCAUACCAGAAAGUAACUCAGCUUUACGGAGAGCUAAGAAAGAGGCUUACUUCCAGCAUAUAUACCACACUGUGGCCAUUGAAGGCAACACCAUGACAUUACAACAGACAAGAAGUGUCUUAGAAACCAGAGUAGCUGUCUCUGGAAAGAGUAUAGAUGAGCACAAUGAAAUCCUAGGUCUAGAUGCAGCAAUGAAGUACAUUAAUGCGACAUUGUUGUACCGUUUACGAGCAAUCACAAUGGGUGACAUUUUAGAGAUACAUAAAAGAGUGUUGGGUCAUGUUGACCCCAUAGAAGGAGGUCAGUUUAGGAGGACACAGGUGUAUGUUGGAGGCCACAUUCCUCCUGGACCCUCGGAAAUACAGAGGCUUAUGAUUCAGUUCCUAGAAUGGUUGAAUUCUGAAGAUGCUUUAGACUUGCAUCCUGUGAGAUAUGCAGCCCUAGCUCACUACAAAUUAGUCCACAUUCAUCCGUUCAUCGAUGGCAAUGGCCGCACAUCUCGACUACUCAUGAACCUGCUACUGAUGCAGGCUGGAUACCCACCUGUGAUAAUUGCUAAGCAGCAUAGACACCUAUACUAUCAGCAUUUACAAACUGCCAAUGAAGGAGAUGUCCGACCUUUUGUUAGGUUCAUAGCGCAAUCUACAGAACGAACUCUGAACUUGUAUCUAUGGGCGACGAGUGAAUACUCUCACAUGGUGCCCGCUAUUGGGGAGCCGCACAUACUUACAGGCGAAGGGUUCGAAGAAGACACGUUCUAAACAUGGUUCACGUAUUACAGGACUACAAAGACGGAUAGGAAUCAGGUAUAAAUUAAAGAAACGCCGCUCAAUUUUAAAAUACAAUAUGAAAUGAUGAUUUAAAAUUGAGUUGUGUUUAUCUGUUGAUUCGUUAUAUAGUAUUUAUUGUAUUGAAUGUCUUGAUUAGAAGUCUGAUCAAUAGUUUAGAUUUAGAUGUGUGAGACAGGAUAUAUGUGUAUAUUUAACUGGUUAAUGCUAAUGAAAUCAGAAUGCCUUAGCCUUGAUACCUCAGUUUUAUUGUAACUUAGCAAAAUUGAUCAGUCUUUUACAAGUAGGUUUUAGACGAAUUUUAUUUCAUGUGUCCUUGUUUUUAAUUAUUGUCAUGUCAUAAUAAUUAUUGAUUGUGUGUAAAUACUACCUAAAUAUGAAAUGUGGUGCAUUUCAAUUAGUUGCUAAAGUGUAGGAAUGUUUUCUUCCAUAAUAAAGAAUACCUGCUGGCAGGUCAUUGUAAGUAGCCCCAUGCACUCGUUAAACACAAUAUUUUAUUGUAUAAAAUUACUUAUUAGAUAAUUGAUUUCGAUAUUUUAUUUUUUUACUAACAAGCCAUUGUACAAAAUAUCAUGAAAUAUUUUUGUGUUGAGUCUUAUUGUUCGGGCUACGAUAAAAAUUAAC